UUCCAGUCUCUGAUGCAAAGAUGAAUUCGAGGUACCUGGGAAUGAUGCUGAUCGUGUUUUUUCUAGUUGGGUGUGUGGUGGAGGCUAAAAAACCUGUUUGUGAUUGUGAUGAGGACAAGCCCCCUGCUUUUUGCAGAGGAAUUACCUGCCCAAAAUACAAGUUGGUGGAAAAAAACAACAAUUUCGAGUUGCGCACAUAUGAAGCCACACAAUGGGUGACAACUCCUUUACAGAUGUCUGUUGAAGGUUUGGAAGAAAGUUUUAUUCACUUAACAGAGUACAUGAAUGGAAAAAAUUGGGAAGAAAUCCUAAUGGAGAUGGCUGUCCCCGUGCUAGUAAUCGCUCCAAUAGGUAAACCGCCUGUCAAUGGAACCAUGAUGUUCCUUCUGCCAACGGAAAUUAAGAAACCCCCAACACCCACAGAUGCUGAUAUUUCGUUUCAAAAAUUCAAAGAAACAUCGGUUUACGUUAGGACUUACUAUGACUUCAGUACCGGAGGUCCUCAUGCAAAAACACUGGCAGAAGAACUGGAUUUGCAGGGCAAGGCUUUUGAAAAAUCAUUCUUCAUAUCAGCUGGAUACCAUGAUCCAACUCUACUAAUUGGACGGCACUGUGAAGUGUGGUUUUUAGCAAACUAAUGGGAAAGCAAACACAAGAACUUUUCUGUUUCUCUUAAUAAGCAAUUGGAAUCUCUUUUAAUGGAAAAGCUGUUGAGACAAAACGCACUUGUGACGUCACUCUUCGGGUACCCAUUGUUAAGCCAAUAAAUGAUUUACAUUAAACUACGUCUAUGGAAAGAUUGUGGUAGUUGGGAAAAUGUGGGACUGUUGUGAGUAAAUAUCUUUUACAAAAUUUUAAUACAUUCUUCUCUAUUUGAUAAACUAUCCUGCCUUGCA